UAUUAGUGCCCGAUACAUCGGUCAAAUUUAAUGUAAUUAAAGCAAUAAAUCAAGGGAAAACGAAAAAAGAUGAGACAUAUAUUUGAAGAAAUGGAGCAAUACUUUAUGAGAACAAACAGCGACAGUUAUAGUAAAUGUCGCAGUAAAACUGUGAAUGCUGGUUGUUCAGAAUUUCAGGAUAGUGUUGACGAGUUCAUAAGCCGGCAUAGCGUGAAGAAUGGAGUCAUAUUUACUGACAAUAUACAGAAACUGCCGCGAGAUCUAUAUUCAAGUAUUAUAAAUGUAAACAAAAAUGAUAGUCAAUCCAAGUACAAGAUCAAUAAUAUCGAUACAGAAAUGUUUGUAUCUAAAAUAAUAAAAUACAACAGAAGACUAGACAAAGUUAUAGUAAAACUUAUGAAAGCAUUGAAAACUGAAAGAGAGCAAACUGAUUUAAAACGCAUAAUCAAAAUAUUGCAAGAAAAACAUAAACACAACGUCAUGUAUCUAGCAAAAGAUUCGUAUAAGAAGUUAUUGAAAUCGGAGGAGAGUUUUGUUGAGAAACGUAAACUUCUGUUGAAACCUUCCACUGACCUCAGCUGCUCGAUGGACCACAGAUAUGUGCAAAGUGAAAACAUGAUCGGUUACAUAAAAGAAAUCAAGAGACAGAACUCUUACUGUACUAAUGAUAUCUAUUGUCCUAGAUCUUCAUGUACGAACACCAUCAACUUACAUAGAGACGAUGGACAAACCAAUUUAUAUUCGUCUAUGAACUCGAUGACAUUGAGGAAUUUGAAUAGUGAAAACUUUACAUUGUUCCCAACGAUCAGAGUUCCAUUUGAGAAAAAGUAUUCUAAACUAAAAUUUUCUUUAUCAAAAGAAGAUUCAAAACCUCCAGAAAGAGAUAGAAAUGUAAACCGUAGUGUAUCGCUACAAAAACCUCUAGCUAGACAAAUUGAAAGAUUAGAGAAAGUAAAAAAGAAAAGUUUAACCAACACUUCUUUAAAAGUAGAAACUAAGAUUGACGAUUUAGUUAAAAAUAUAAAUUUACUGAUUGAAGAAAUUCAAAGGCAGAAAUCAUACAAAAUAGACAAAAAAACAGAAACUGUAAAUGAAUAUAAAGAGAAUUCAAAUAACGUGGUGAACUGUUUAAGAAAGAAUAUUGUGAAUGUAGGACAAAAUCAAGACGUUUCUGUAAACACGGAUGUAUCAAUAGUUUGUGCUAGAUCACCUCGAACUGAGUCACGUUUCGACUUGGCCAAAUUAAGAGAUAAAUUCAGAAGUAGUAUAAUUGGUACAAAGAGUAGUACUAAAAUGAACACGCAAGUACAAGCAGUGAAGCGAACGUCAUCCAUAGGUAUACUGGCCACAGUGGCGACAUCUGACAAAUCAGUACAUGUUAACAGGCCAAUAAUAAUUCGGGUAAAGGAUACGCCGGAAACUACAAUGAAUGAAGAAAAUUCUCUUAGUUCAGAUGAAGAGAAUAUGACAGCGUUAGUAAAAGGAACAAACACUGACCCGCUCGGCGUGAUUGCAUUGCUAACUGUGUCUGCAGAGACCAUCAGACAGCUAAUUUCCAAUGUGCCCAGUAUCAACUACUAUUCCUACCUACCAUUCUUCCAAAACUCGAAUUAUUUAGACAAAAGGGAGCUGCAAUUUGUCUGUGACAUAUGUGGAGGUGCAUUCAAUAAUGCAUCGGCUCUAAAUGAUCAUAUUAAAAGUCAUCACUUGGGUUUUGCAAGGAAUUGCGGCGUGUGCCAGCAUGUGCUGAACUCUGAGCAGCUGCGCGGCAGCGAUCUAUUCAAAUGUCGCUACUGCGGGCUGCGCUUCACGCGGGCCUACUGCUGCGAGCUGCACCAGCAGAGCUGCGCCAGGCGCUACGGCUUGCAGGACUCAGCCUCCAGCUUCUUCCAGCUAGCGUAGAAUUAUGCUUGUUUUUAAAAAUGUGCUAUUUCAUAAUUGUUCUUGUAAUUUGAACGCGUCAAAUGUUUAAAUAUUUAAUUUUUGAAUACGAUAUCUUAUUUAUUGUUUCGUCUAAUAAAAGUACGUUUGAAAAUA